AUGAUGACACAAUCAAACAAAAAAUAUCAAGAGUUGGAAGUCGGAACAACUGUUCGUAUUUCCAUACAUGACGUUGACAGAGCACGUGGAUCCCCCAAAAAAUUAUUAGCAGUUAUUGCUAAUGUUGACAACGGCUUUUAUAAAUUAUGUACCGAAAAUGGUUUUCUUAAACACAAGUAUACGAUAUCUCAACUUGUACCAUGCAAAGAAAUUUUGCUUGAUCUCAAAACUCUGCUUGAAUCAUCUAAAGAAAAAGAUAUAACACUUCGAGAAGCCGUAUGA